GACCGAGGAGGGGCGUGGUUUAGUGUCCAUCGGAGAGUGGGCGGGGACAAGAGCGCCGGUCCAAUCAGCGGCGCGCUCGCGCGGUGCCUCGCGCCCGGCGCGGUGAAAACCUCCCGGCCGCAGGUGUCAUGUGAAACGCCGCAUGCUCGCUGUGACUGGCGCAGUGUUUGGGAAAUGUUUCUAUUCUCUCGUCUCUCUGUCGGCCAGUGACACCAGGCAAAAACUUUAUAUCCGAGGAUCUUGGUUUUGUCUUUCUUUCUGUUGUUACUUCUUUCUUUUCCCUCGUGUGUGUGUGUGAGAGAGAGUGAGUGUUUGUGUGUUUCUUCAUGCCUGCCGCGUCCGGGAGCGAGUUUCCACCACUAUGCGAGCCCAAAUUGAAGUUAUACCAUGCAAAAUCUGUGGAGACAAGUCCUCAGGGAUCCAUUAUGGGGUCAUCACUUGCGAAGGGUGUAAGGGGUUUUUUAGAAGAAGUCAACAAAACAACGCCUCAUACUCUUGCCCUCGGCAGCGCAACUGCUUGAUUGACAGAACCAACCGUAACCGCUGCCAGCACUGCCGCCUACAAAAGUGUCUCGCUCUGGGCAUGUCGCGUGACGCCGUAAAGUUCGGCCGCAUGUCAAAGAAGCAGCGUGACUCGCUAUAUGCUGAGGUACAAAAACACCAGCAGCGGCUACAGGAACAGCGGCAGCAGCAGACAGGUGACGUUUACUCGUCCGGUCUGAGCACUCUCGGACACGACCUGGCUGGCGCCUACACCAAUGGACAUGUCAUUGACAUGGCCAAGACGCAUGCUAACGGAAAUCCUGCUGCCUACUACAGCAUGGACUCAACCCAGCCGAGCCCAGACCAGUCCGGAUUGGACAUGGCAGGAAUGAAGCCCAUCAAACAGGAGCCUGUCUAUGACCUGACGCCCGUGCCCGACCUAUUCACCUACUCGUACCAGGACAGCCAGCUAGCACCCGGAGUGUCCAUGGGGGAACUCGACCGAAUUGCACAAAACAUCAUAAAGUCUCAUAUGGAGACUUGUCAGUACACGGGCGAGGAGCUGCAGCAGCUGUCCUGGCAGACGCAUUCAUACGAGGAGGUCAAGAUGUACCAAAGCAAGUCAAGGGAGGCGCUAUGGCAACAAUGUGCAAUUCAGAUCACUCACGCCAUUCAGUACGUGGUGGAGUUCGCCAAGCGCAUCACCGGCUUCAUGGAACUGUGUCAGAACGACCAGAUACUGCUGCUCAAAUCAGGUUGUCUCGAGGUGGUGUUGGUAAGAAUGUGCAGAGCAUUUAACCCUCUCAAUAACACGGUUCUGUUCGAGGGCAAAUACGGUGGCAUUCAGAUAUUCAAAGCACUCGGCUGCGACGAUCUCGUCAGCGCCAUGUUCGACUUUGCCAAGAGUCUGUGCUCUCUACAGCUGACAGAGGAAGAGAUUGCACUGUUCUCUGCAGCUGUUCUUAUCUCCACAGAUCGGCCUUGGCUAAUGGAACCAAGGAAAGUCCAGAAGCUUCAGGAGAAAAUCUACUUGGCCCUCCAGCACAUUAUGCAGAAGAACCACAUGGACGAGGACGCAUUGACUAAGCUGGUUGGUCGAAUCCCCACACUUGCGGCACUGUGCACCCUGCACACAGAGGAGCUUCAGGCCUUCCAGCAGCUACACCCAGAAACAGUCAACAUGCUCUUCCCUCCACUCUACAAGGAGCUUUUCAAUCCUGAUGUGGCCAAUGUCAUGUCCAAGUGACAAAUGCUUUUUAAAAAAAAUUAAAAAACACGAUGGCAGAACACUACGGCAGAACAUUCAGGGGCCUGAGCCACUGAGGCAGAGGAGGCAAUGCUAAGUGGGUCACCUUGACACAGCAGACAGCGGCAUACAGCAACCUGAGGCAACGAUACAAUGAGAGAACUUCAGGAAUGACCAGCACUUCAAACAUUCGACUUCAGUUUCACCGAUUCAGUCAAAAGAAUGUAUAUACACGCCUGUUAGUGAGGAUCUGACCAGAAAUGUACAGACUUUAGAGCCUUUAAUAAGCUGUCUUUUAUUUGGGUAAGUUUAUUUGUUUUUGUUUUUUAUACAGAAUUGUGAAAAGAAAAAGGGGGACAAGGGUCAAAGACAGAGGAUCUCAUAGUAAUUCCCUAGUUCUGAUAUAUUCCAGUAUUAAACCACAUUCUGUUUAUAUUCUAGUCAUAAUUUAUAAGCAAGAACCCGACAGGCCGGUACUUUGUGUAAAUCUUUUCUUUUUUUGUAGUUUUACAUGUAUAUAAUUUGAGAGCAACUUGUAAAACUAUACUAGAGACAAUUUCCUUUCGGGUACGGUUUUAAAAAAAAGCCUUGUCUGGGCCAUGUAGAUAUGUAUAGACUCUACAACAAUGUUUAGAAAUGUUACGGAAAUGUAAAUGAUUUUCUAAUAGAAGAACAAUAAUUCUUGAUCUUUUUCCAUAUGAAGAUAUUGAUAUAUAUUUUGAAAAUGCUUAUGGUUGAUCAAUCAGUCACCUCUGCAAUAAUGUCAAUAAGCACUAGUCAUUCCAGAUCAGUUUAUGAAAAGCCCCCCAAAAAUUAGAUCUUAUAUAUAGAAAAAGAAAAAAAAAACAGACCUUUUAUUUCUGCUGAGAUGCAAGCAGAAAGACUUUCUGAUCAUCGUCACACUUUUAAUGGUUGUAAACUUUCCCUUUAAAGAUGCACUGCAGUAUUUGUUCAGCAAGGAUUGUUCCAAGCUUGAGCACACUUGUCCCACUACUUUUUUAAAAAGGUUAAAAAAGGUCUUUAUUUGAAAAUUGCAAGAAAAUCUCAUGCUAGACACUAGUUGAAACGCCUACCAUCACAAGCCUUUUAUCAGACAACCGAAACAACAACGGCCAAGUACGACCAUUUAACUGUUUUAAACUAAAGUCUAUUUGUCGCGGUCACAAGCACGAGCUGCAUCCCAAAUGAUGUACUACACACUAACACUAUGCACUAUGUACUCCAGCGUAAAGUUGAUGAAUUUUAGAAGAAUAGUAUUGUCUCAAACACUGGAACACAAUUUUUUCUUUACUAACUGGAAG